CCCCUGCGCGCAACAAGAGCCCCCCAUGGGUGCAAUAGUGCAAGCACAGACGGCGGUGAUUGGCCAGAGGUUGAUCAGAUGGUACACUUCCCCUCUGUAUUCAGUGGCACCUCACAACCCCCCCUUUCAGCAAAAACCAAAUCUCGGAUAAAGUAAUGGCAAAACCACUUGGACUAUAAAAGACAACAAAUCAUAUUCCUCCGGAGUAUAUACACCCCGUUGUCCACCCAAUGAGUUCCUAUUUUGUUAACUCAACUUUUCCCGUGUCUCUACCGGGAGGACAGGACUCUCUCCUGGGUCAGAUACCGUUAUAUUCCUCGGGAUACACCGAUCCGUUAAGACACUACUCCAACGCGGCCACAUAUGGAGCAGCCAACAUGCAGGAGAAGGUUUACCCGGCGUCCUAUUACCAGCAGACGGGCGCAGCGGCCGCGGCCAUCUACGGAAGGGCCGGCGGCGGAGCGCCCUGCGACUACAACCCGGUCGGGACUUUCUACAAGGACGCGGAGGGCUCGUGCGCUUUCUCGAACCGCGACGACCAGCCGCUGUUUGUCACUCAGGAGCAGCGCAAAGCGGAGUGCCCGGAGCAGACUGUCAGUAUGAGCAGCAGCAUCGACGACAAGUCCUCCACUCUGAUCUACCCGUGGAUGCAGAGGAUGAACGCCUGCUCCGCUGACACACCACUACAGAUUUCAAGUGCACUCUCAGGUCCUUUUGGCAACAGUGGCCGCAGGGGCCGACAGACCUACACCCGCUACCAGACUCUGGAGCUGGAGAAGGAGUUCCACUUUAACCGCUACCUGACCAGGAGGCGCCGGAUAGAGAUCUCCCACGCCCUGUGUCUGACGGAGAGACAGAUCAAAAUCUGGUUUCAGAACCGCAGGAUGAAGUGGAAAAAGGAGAACAAACUCCUCAAUCCCUCAAAGACACCCGAGGAGGAGGAACAGGCGGAGAAGAAGAGCUAAAAGGACACUGACAGAAAGGCAUGUGUGUGUGUGUGUUUGUGUGCACACUCCCAAAAUAAUAAAAAAAAGGAUGUAUUAUUUCUUUGUAGAUAAAGUGCUGCAAAUCACAUGUUAGAGACGUGUAGAGUGAUAGACUUUAUUUCAGUAUCUGCACGGUGAUAAUGUCUUCAUUAGGUUAAAAUCAGGUCCUCCUCUGUUUGUCCUUGUGCUCGUGUGUGUUUUAUUUAGGGGACUAUGCAAAAAUCCGCCAAAAUGUAAAUAAUUUUUAGUGUUUAGUUUCUGACAAUGUCGUUACCUCAUGAUCGUAGGCCUACUGAGUUUUAUUUUCUUAUUAUUUGUGUUAUUUUAUGACAUUAAAAAGAGGCUUUUUGUCCUUCCUACUGUACAUCCUGUGGUGUUAGUUGUUCUAUGAUAGUCUCUAGGCUUGUUGUUUACAGCUGUGCCAUCAACACUGACAUUUGUACAGAUGAGAAAUGUUACAUGUUAUUUAUUGUUGUUCACAUUGUGUUCAAUGCACAUCUGGAUAUUGUGUGCAAUAUUUUGUUUAGGAAAUUGUACAUAGAAAUAAAGGCUUUUUGAUGUA